UGCCUUUCUUACCUUAUUCCUCGAUUUUAGAGCAGUCGUUAUGUAUGGUACGGUCACCCCUACCAGUAUUUCCAAAUAUCAUUAUUAGAUUUCUAUAGACCAUUUACAUAUCGAGGACACUGGAAAUAAGUUACUGGGUGUCCAGCACUUACCAGUGAAGAAAACCUAAUAGCGCCUCUCCGAAGACCAUUGAGCAUCGUUUGAAGCUGCCUCCUAAGACAACCAUACGCCCGGCAGUCGUGACUUGAGAGAAUUUGGAAUUUGCUUGACAAGAAAGAUCCUAGCUGGAAAUGGCAUUCCCCCUUGAAGCAUCCUACCUAAUUCUAGGAUCUCUUAUUUACAUCCCAUCUUCCCUACAAACCUGCUUCAUCUCAUCUACCUUAGGUACGCUCUGAAAAUGGCGUCCACAAUCUACCCGUCCAAGGACACCAACCCUCAUCGUUCCCAUAUCCCACGUCUUAACCUCGACGCGGCAAUGGCCUCUCAGCCGCCUUCUGCACCCCCUUCUCCCAAGCCAAACAACAAUGGUAACAGCGGUAGUAUUCCUCCAAAACCUAAGGACUAUGGAAAGGAUACCUACCGUCUACUUACGCACGUCGAGUGGGUUCAGUUUUGCCGAGGCGUUGGCGUGUUCAAGGACGACGAGAGCGAAGAAGUCAUCCGUCCAACCAGUGCCUUGUGGCCGCCAAAGGGAUUCAGAGACGGCUUGUACCAAGACGUACUCAGCGAGAAGGCCAAGUUCACGUACAUGUUCCAUUUCGUGGAUAUCGUCAGCUGGCUCUUGAUGCUUCUCCAGAUUGCAAUGGGUGCUGUCUUGACUGCCCUCGGGUCAGUGUCCUCGGCGAAGAAUGGGACGCCAAUUACUACUAUCGCCGCGAUCAACACCUGUGUAGGUGGCAUUCUCGCUUUGCUACACAACAGCGGCCUGCCAGCCCGGUACCGCUCGGACAGGAACGAGUUCUACAAGCUCGAGGAGCACAUAAAGUCUAUCGUCGACACGGCUCUCGUACCUGCCGAUCAUGACAUCAAUGCCGUACUCGCUGGCUGCUUCGACAUGUUCCGCGACGCCCGACAGACUGUCCAAAACAACAUCCCGGCUUCUUAUACCGCCGCCCCAACUAGCGGCAAGGCGCCCGGCGCCAGAGCCUCCAAGGUGAUCGAGCCAAAGAAGUGAAGUCGGUUUAUAUCGGAUUCAUAAGAUUUUUUGAGGAACCCAAAUAGCUCUAGUUUUGCUAUUCUGAGAAGAAGCAUAUUAUUUUAUUGAAAGGGGGAUUUUAAUGCCCGAUUGAUGGAAUGUUACUGAUACCAUAUGUUAGCCUUAUGCUAUUCAGGUCGAAAUAAGUCUUUUUUUUUCUGGAGACGCGAUAAUGACUUCAAGGUUGCACGGAGGCGUCUCAUUAUUUGGAAUUAUCACUUGUGUACCUACCUAGACCUACCUAAUGUAAGUAGCAAAGGUUUAGUUUUUGCUCGCCCGUUAAGGGGUAAGGGCACAACUAUGUAAUGUGUAUGGGAUAGCUUGAAUUAUAAGCCCCCUUUAAGUCUCGUCAA